AUGGAUACUCCCAAGUCAGCCAGAAAACGCUCAAUGUCACCAUCCGCUAAGGCUACCCACAAAGACGAGAAAAUUGGAGUCAAAAGGCUGAAGCUUGAAGCGCCUGAUGCAGAGCCCAUGAUCCCGCUCCCUCCGUUUCGUCAAACACCAGGUCCUAUCCUGGUUUCUCAGUCAUACUUGCGGAGACUCGUUUUGGAGCAUUGGGAGGCAGAGGUGAAGGCCUGCGAGAAAGCCAAAAAAUUGCAACAGUUAGAAAUAGCAUCAGGCCCAGGACCAGCUCUCACCCUUAUACAGGCAAGCCUGCGAAGACUUGUCACUGACCGCUGGGAUGCCGAACUGAAGCGUUGUGAAGAGGCAAAGCGGGCGCAACUGUUAGAAUUGCUUCUUGCAGCGCAUGGUAUCUCCAAACUAGUGUAG